AUUAUUUUCUGCGAAAAUCAGUCGAAAGGAAUGGAAGCAGAGAAGGAAGAGAGAGCCGAAGCAGAGGAGGAGGAGGAGCUCACAUGGAAUCGGGAGACAGUCCCCAAAGUGCUGAAGAUCGUCAGCAUGAAGCUCCCUCGGAGAGUCCUCAUCUCCCUCUUGUUGGUCAGCCCAUGGCUUCAUCGGGCUCUCGUCUCCUACCUUCCUCUCUGGCUGGUCCUUGAUUUGAGGGAGACGUCCAAUGCUGGAAUUCGGCUCGUCAAUGCGCUUUCACUGACGAGAUAUCGAUAUCUCAAGCAACUUAACCUCGAGUUCGCACAAGGUAUUGAAGACGAACACUUUGAAUUACUUAAGAACGAGUGUUCGGAGUCCCUUAGAUAUCUGGAAACUUUGAAUCUGAAUGGUUGUCAGAAGAUUUCAGAUAAGGGGAUUGAAGCUGUAACCAGUAGUUGUCCAAAACUUAAGGUUUUCUCGAUAUAUUGGAAUGUGAGGGUUACGGAUAUAGGUAUACAGCAUCUUGUGGAGAACUGCAGACUUGUAGUUGAUUUGAACUUAAGUGGCUGUAAGAAUAUUUCAGACAAAAGUAUGCAAUUAGUUGCUGAGAAUUAUAAAGAAUUAGAGUCACUGAACAUUACAAGGUGUGUCAAGCUGACAGAUAGGGGCGUGCAGCAGAUAUUGCUUAGCUGCUCCCAUCUCCAGAAUCUAAAUCUUUAUGCCCUCUCCAACUUCACUGAUAAUUUAUACAAGAAUAUCUCGCAUUUGACCAAAUUGAAAUUCUUAGAUCUAUGUGGUGCCCAGAAUCUAUCCGAUGAUGGACUGACAUGUAUAUCUAAGUGUAAAGAUCUUGUGGCUCUCAAUUUAACAUGGUGUGUAUGCAUAACUGACAAGGGAGUUAUAGCAAUUGCCGAGCGCUGCAACUCUCUCGAGUUUCUCAGCUUGUUCGGGAUAGUCGGAGUGACAGAUAAGUGCCUCGAGGUCCUAUCCAAGACCUGCUCGAACACACUCACCACACUUGACGUGAAUGGAUGUAUUGGCAUCAAGAGACGGAGCCGUGAAGAAUUGCUCCAACUGUUUCCGCAUCUCGUGUGUUUCAGAGUUCACAGCUAAUUCUGUAACUCGUAAGGCUCCAAUGAGUUCGAUGAAAAGGAUAUUUAGCUGAAAACUUCAAGCUACAACUAUCUGGGCAUGCUCCAUCAAUUGGUUGGAAGGGGUUUGAAUUAGUCACACAAUGUUCAUAAGUCGAACAAGCGGACCCUCUCUCUCCGAUCAUCAUUGCAUACAGUUAUUUUCAGGAAAUAUGGCCGUAGAGCUCAGAGAUAGACCCCCCCUUGUAUCAGUUCAAGUUGCAGGGUAUAAUGGUAUUCUUGAAUCUUUGGUGUUGUCAAAGUGCAGCAAAGAAUCCAUUAUCGGGCUUCUGUUUACUCGCAACCUAUUGAAGUCGGGUUUUAACAAUUUAAUAGCUACGACAAAGUUUAUCGUUUUCUUGUUCAGUAUAAACAUAAGCGGAUGAAAUCUUGAAAUAACCUUCUAUGUUUUGUU